AUGGCAAGACAUCAUCAGUUUCAUGUGGAAGGUUUAUUCAACGUCUAUGGCAACGAGACCUUUGAUCCGAAUGGGCGCCAAGAUGUCAUUUAUCAUUCUACUGUCUUGUCAAAUACAAUCUCCACAGGCAUCCUCCAAGAAACCUCGGUCAUUACUAUACCUCCACCAUCACACGAUAACUUCAGGGUGGAAAAUGGCAUACAUAUUUUAGCCGGCAGCUUGAUUGACAACGGAAUUCAGCAAGCGUACCUUUUCUGCCAACAAUGGGAUUCAUUGGUCAAUGAAACCAUUCACAUGUCGUCUGAGAAUUUGGUCAACGUUGUGCAGGUCAUAGGGGCAGGAUGGAUUGUCUCCGUUGAAACAAACGGACCAGUUUUCAAGAUCGCGACCUCUCUCGUCAUACGGCACCGGGCAUACAACUCAGAGGUUUACAAUUAUACGACUUUUGAAGUAGAAUAUGAAUUUAAAACAAUUUUAGCUGAACAAUUGGGAGCCGACAACUCAUUCAUAGGAACCGAAAUUACAAUACGUGGUCAGAUGUUGGGAAGAAAUCCACUCAGUGGAAGGUGGAUUGUUUUGAACAUGCAUCUUUACAAACAGGCAACCGAGUACAGUAUAUUGGAGCAAUGA